AUGCAGUCUUCCCCAAACAUGCUCACCAAGUUUGAGUCCAAAUCAUCCAGAGCCAAAGGAAUCGCAUUCCAUCCAAAACGGCCAUGGAUUCUUGUCUCCCUCCACUCCUCUACUAUCCAGUUGUGGGACUACCGCAUGGGAACCCUUAUUGAUCGAUUCGAAGAACACGAUGGACCGGUCCGUGGUGUUGAUUUCCACCCAACCCAGCCCCUGUUUGUGUCCGGAGGCGACGAUUACAAGAUCAAGGUUUGGAACUACCAGACACGGAGAUGUCUAUUCACAUUGAACGGCCAUUUGGACUAUGUCCGGACGGUUUUCUUCCACCCGGAGCUACCUUGGAUCCUGUCUGCGUCUGAUGACCAGACCAUUAGAAUCUGGAACUGGCAAAACCGGUCACUAAUCUGCACCAUGACCGGUCACAACCAUUAUGUUAUGUGCGCCCAGUUCCAUCCCACCGAGGACCUCAUCGCUUCAGCCUCGUUGGAUCAGUCGGUUCGCAUUUGGGACAUCUCCGGCUUGCGAAAGAAGCACUCGGCCCCGACCUCGAUUUCGUUCGAAGACCAAAUGGCACGAGCCAACCAGAACCAAGCCGAUAUGUUUGGUAACACCGACGCAGUUGUCAAGUUUGUGCUGGAGGGACAUGACCGUGGGGUCAACUGGGUGUCGUUCCACCCCACACUGCCUUUGCUCGUUUCGGCCGGUGACGAUCGACUGGUCAAGCUUUGGCGAAUGAGUGAUACCAAGGCGUGGGAGGUCGACACCUGUCGCGGUCAUUUCCAGAAUGCCUCUGCGGCUUUGUUCCACCCGCACCAGGACCUCAUCCUCUCCGUUGGUGAAGAUAAGACGAUUCGCGCGUGGGAUCUAAACAAGCGGACCUCCGUGCAGUCCUUCAAGCGCGACCUCGAUCGAUUCUGGGUCAUCGCUGCCCACCCUGAGAUGAACCUGUUUGCCGCGGGCCAUGACACUGGUGUUAUGGUCUUCAAGCUUGAGCGUGAGCGCCCUGCUUCCGCCAUCUACCAAAACCAGCUGUUCUACAUCACAAAGGAGAAGCACGUAAAGUCAUACGACUUCGCAAAGAAUGUCGAGUCGCCGCCGAUGCUUUCACUGCGCAAACUCGGAUCUCCAUGGGUCCCUCCCCGUACCCUCUCCUACAACCCCGCCGAGCGUGCUAUUUUGGUCACCACACCCGCCGAUAACGGAACUUACGAAUUGAUUCACCUCCCCAGAGAUGCCACUGGAGCUAUCGAGCCCACGGACGUCAAGCGUGGUCAAGCUACAUCGGCCGUGUUUGUUGCCCGCAACCGCUUUGCUGUGUUCAACCCCUCCAGCCAGCAGGUCGAUAUCAAGGAUCUAAGCAACUCCACCACCAAGACCAUCAAGCCCCCAGCUGGCACCACCGAUAUCUACUUUGGUGGCACCGGAUGCUUGCUCUUUAUCACCCCUACACACGUCGCUCUCUUCGAUAUCCAACAAAAGAAGCAGCUUGCAGACCUCGCCGUCAGUGGAGUGAAGUACGUGGUUUGGUCUAACGAUGGACUUUAUUGCGCUUUGCUGAGCAAGCACAAUGUAACGAUUGUCACCAAGUCUCUCGAGCAAGUCAGCACCCUGCACGAGACCAUUCGCAUCAAGAGUGCUACCUGGGAUGACGCCGGUGUGUUGCUCUAUUCUACCCUCAAUCACGUCAAGUAUUCUCUUCUCAACGGAGACAACGGUAUCAUCCGCACUCUUGACCAGACUGUAUAUCUGGUGCGCGUCAAGGGACGUAGUGUUUACGCUCUUGACCGCAAUGCUCAGCCCCGUGUCUUGGAGAUUGACCCCACCGAGUACCGCUUCAAGCUUGCUUUGGUCAAGCGGAACUAUGAUGAGAUGCUUCAGAUCAUCAAGACCUCUAGCUUGGUUGGCCAGAGCAUUAUCUCGUAUCUACAGAAGAAGGGCUACCCCGAGAUUGCUCUGCAAUUCGUCCAAGACCCCCAGACUCGCUUCGACCUUGCCCUUGAGUGUGGUAACCUUGAGGUCGCCAACGAAAUGGCACGGGAUUUGGACCGUCCCAACUUCUGGAGCAGACUUGGAACCGAGGCGUUGGCUCAUGGUAACCACCAGACCGUCGAAAUGACCUACCAAAAGCAGCGCAACUUCGACAAGCUCUCUUUCCUUUACCUCGCUACUGGUGACCAGGAGAAGCUUUCACGUAUGGCUAAGAUUGCCGAGCACCGUGGUGAUUUCACCUCUCGUUUCCAGAACGCUAUCUACCGCGGCGAUGUAGAGGACCGCAUCCAAAUGUUCAAGGAAGUCGACUUGUACCCUCUUGCUUAUCUCACUGCCAAGUCACAUGGCUUGGUUGAAGAGGCCGAGUCCAUUCUGGAGGCCUGCGGUCUCACUGAAGAUCAGAUUGGCUUGCCCGCACUCGAGCAACCCCUGAAGGUUCCUCAUCCAAUUGUGCCCACUUUCAAGUCUAACUGGCCGGUCAAGGCUGCUGGUCAUUCAUCUUUCGAGAAGGCUCUCCUUGGAGAGGUUGGUGCCGCAGAUGAAGAUGCCGGUGCUGAUGGGUUUGAUAUCGAGGAAGAGGAGCAAGAAGCUACUCUCGCUCGAGAGACCUUGGAUGAUGAUGAAGAGGAAGUAUCUGGAUGGGACAUGGGAGACGACGUCAAUGUCGAGGAAGAUGUUGACUUUGUCAAUGUGGAAAGCGUUGAAGCUGGCGCGAGCAGUGCCGAGGCCGACCUGUGGGCUCGCAACUCCCCGUUGGCUGCGGAUCACGUUGCCGCUGGCUCUUUCGACACUGCCAUGCAGCUGCUGAACCGUCAAGUGGGCGCCGUUCACUUCGCCCCUCUGAAGCCUCGAUUCUUGGAAGUCUACAAGGCAUCCAAGACAUAUCUCCCCGCGAGCGCUGGCCUACCGCCCUUGGUCAACUAUGUGCGCAGAACUGUCGACGAGACCGACUCUCGGAAGAUGCUCCCCAUCAUUCCCCGGGACCUAGAGACUAUUGCCAGCGUCGACUUGCAGGAAGGUUACAGCGCUAUGCGCUCCAAUAAGUUGGAGGAAGGCGUGGAGACUUUCAAGCGAAUUUUGCACACUAUUCUCGUCAACACUGUCUCAUCCGAGGCAGAUGUGGAGCAGGCAAAGAAGAUCAUCUCCACUGCUCGGGAAUACAUUCUCGCCAUGUCGAUGGAGCUUGCGCGCCGUACUCUUCCCACUGACACUCCCGAAAACCUCAAGCGCAGCCUUGAACUGUCUGCCUACUUCACCAUUCCCAAGCUCGAGGUCGCUCAUCGUCAACUUGCAUUGAUGGCUGCCAUGAAGUUCGCCUUUGCCAACAAGAACUACGGCUCUGCCCUGAGCUUUGCCAACCGGAUGCUGGCCAACGGAGGCUCAGCCAAGCUUCUGGAGCAGGCCAAGAAGAUUAAAGCUCAGUGCGAACGUAACCCGCAAGACCAGAUCGACAUUGACUUCGACCCCUUCGCCGAGUUCGACAUCUGUGCUGCUUCCCACACCCCGAUCUACAACGGUUCCCCCAGUGUGUUAGAUCCCUUCACCGGUGCCAAGUACCACCCCCAGUACAAGGGUAGUGUCGACCGGAUAUCGGAUGUCACUGAGAUUGGUGCGCCGGCCAGUGGUCUGCGUCUGUUCGUCCCCAGUCAAUUUUAA